AGGAGCUCCGAGAUCAUGAAAGACUCCACAGAGCCCAAAGGCAGUGGGUGGGGUCUGCACACUCUCCCCCGGCUCCUGGGAUUCACUCCCGGGGUGCUCCCUGGAGGUGAGGGCUUAGGCUUCUCCUUCAGGAACAGAGAAGGGAACCCGGCUCAGAGAGGCCACGUGGCUAGUGCAGAGCGGCCCAGCACGGAGUGCUCCCGGCGCCUUAGGGCCGACCCCCCUCGGCUCCGCAGGAGAACCCCCCGGGCGCUUGCUAACGUCCAUCUCCCCGGCCAGCUCCAGAGCCAGCGACCCCGGGGCGGUGAACAAGGGGACCUGAAAGCCAUUGAAAAGGAGAAAACAGUGGUAGCGCUGCCACCCAAGGAAGCCAGCAAAUGCCACAGGGAGGAUUUGGCUGAGGCGUUUUACGUGGACUUACAGACCGGCCUGUCCGAGUUCUCAGUGACACAGCGCAGACUGGUCCACGGCUGGAAUGAGUUUGUCGCUGACAACACUGAACCCGUGUGGAAGAAAUAUCUCGAUCAGUUUAAGAACCCCCUGAUUCUGCUGCUCCUGGCCUCUGCCUUGGUGAGCGUCCUCACACAGGAGUACGAGGACGCCAUCAGUAUCGCCACGGCCGUGCUGAUCGUGGUCACCGUCGCCUUCAUCCAGGAGUACAGGUCGGAGAAAUCCCUGGAAGAGCUGACCAAGCUGGUUCCUCCCGAAUGCAACUGCAUGCGGGAAGGGAAACUCCAGCACCUGCUGGCACGCGACCUGGUCCCUGGGGACAUCGUCUCUCUCUCGACCGGAGACCGCGUCCCUGCAGACAUCCGUCUCACUGAGGUCACAGACCUGCUGGUGGAUGAGUCCAGUCUCACGGGGGAGGCCGAGCCGUGCAGUAAGACAGACAGCCCACUGCCGGGCGGGGGGGACCUCAGCACCCUGAGCAACAUCAUCUUCAUGGGGACCCUGGUGCAGUGUGGGAAGGCGCAGGGUGUGGUGAUCGGGACAGGGGAAAGGUCUCAGUUCGGAGAGGUGUUUAAGAUGAUGCAGGCUGAAGAGACACCUAAAACUCCUCUGCAAAAAAGCAUGGACAGGCUGGGCAAGCAGCUGACGCUGUUCUCGUUUGGCAUAAUUGGUCUGAUCAUGUUCAUCGGCUGGCUGCAAGGGAAGCAGCUCCUCAGCAUGUUCACGAUCGGGGUCAGCCUGGCUGUGGCUGCCAUUCCAGAGGGUCUGCCCAUUGUCGUCAUGGUUACGCUGGUCCUGGGAGUGCUGCGGAUGGCCAAGAAGCGGGUCAUUGUGAAGAAGUUACCAAUCGUGGAGACUCUAGGUUGCUGCAAUGUCAUCUGUUCUGAUAAGACGGGGACUCUGACUGCUAAUGAAAUGACUGUCACCCACCUUGUAACGUCUGAUGGAUUCCAUGCUGAGGUCAGCGGUGUUGGAUACAACGGCAAAGGGGCCGUCUGUCUUUUACCCUCGAAGGAAGUCAUUAAGCAGUUUUCCAACAUCUCAGUGGGGAAAUUAGUGGAGGCAGGCUGCGUGGCCAACAACACCAUCAUCAGGAAGAACACCGUGUUGGGACAGCCCACGGAAGGCGCCCUGGUCGCCCUGGCAAUGAAGAUGGGCUUAAGCGAUAUUAAAGAUUCAUACGUGAGAAGAAAAGAGAUUCCAUUCAGUUCAGAGCAGAAGUGGAUGGCGGUAAAAUGCAGCCCCAAGAGCGAGGAGCAGGAAGACAUUUACUUCAUGAAAGGGGCCUUUGAGGAAGUGAUCCGUUACUGCACCAUGUACAACAACGGCGGCAUUCCCCUGCCACUGACGCCCCAGCAGAGGUCCCUCUGCCAGCAGGAGGAGAAGAAGAUGGGGUCGCUCGGCCUGCGGGUGCUGGCCCUGGCCUCUGGCUCGGAGCUGGGGCGUCUGACAUUUCUGGGUCUGGUUGGGAUCAUCGACCCUCCAAGGGCUGGCGUGAAGGAAGCGGUGCAGGUCCUGUCUGAAUCGGGUGUGUCUGUGAAAAUGAUAACGGGAGACGCUCUGGAGACCGCCGCGGCCAUAGGAAGGAACAUCGGCUUGUGCAACGGGAAGCUAAAGGCCAUGUCUGGGGAAGAGGUGGACAGCAUGGAGCAGGGAGAGCUGGCCGACCACGUUGGGAAGGUGUCUGUCUUCUUCAGGACCAGCCCAAAGCACAAACUCAAAAUCAUUAAGGCAUUGCAGGAGUCAGGGGCAAUCGUGGCCAUGACAGGGGAUGGAGUGAAUGACGCGGUCGCCCUGAAGUCGGCGGACAUCGGGAUUGCCAUGGGGCAGACGGGGACUGAUGUUAGCAAAGAGGCUGCCAACAUGAUCCUGGUGGAUGAUGACUUCUCAGCCAUUAUGAAUGCAGUGGAGGAAGGCAAGGGGAUUUUUCAUAACAUCAAAAAUUUCGUCCGAUUUCAGCUGAGCACGAGCAUCUCGGCCCUGAGCCUCAUCACGCUGUCCACUGUAUGCAAUUUGCCCAGUCCCCUCAAUGCCAUGCAGAUCCUAUGGGUCAACAUCAUCAUGGACGGGCCGCCCGCUCAGAGCUUGGGGGUAGAGCCGGUUGAUAAAGACACCCUCCGGCAGCCACCAAGGAAGGUCAAGGACACAAUCCUGAGCAGAGCCCUCAUCCUGAAAAUCCUCCUGUCGGCCGUGGUCAUCAUCAGCGGCACCCUCUUUAUUUUCUGGAAGGAGAUCCCCGAAGACAAGGCGAGCACCCCACGCACCACAACCAUGACCUUCACCUGCUUCGUGCUCUUCGACCUCUUCAACGCCCUGACCUGCCGCUCUCAGACCAAGCUGAUACUGGAGAUAGGCUUUCUGCGGAACCCCAUGUUCCUCUACUCGGUGCUCGGGUCCAUUCUGGGGCAGCUGGCCGUGAUUUACAUCCCGCCCCUGCAGAAGGUCUUCCAGACAGAGAACCUGGGAGCCCUCGAUUUGUUGCUUUUAACUGGAUUGGCCUCUUCUGUGUUCAUUUUAUCGGAGCUUCUCAAACUGUGUGAAAAAUUCUGUUCCAGAGACAUGAAAACCCAGCUCCACCACGAAGCCGUGUAGUGGCCCCGGCCACAGGACGUCCCCAAACAAUGUACGUUUUUAUGUGACUGUGGCCCUUCCCUAGCCCCUCUCAGAGGGAUGUUUUAAGGACAGUAGUGUUAGGUCACUCACAUGCUCUCGGGAAAACGCAGCGGCUCGGGCCCAAGCCUGCACCUGUCCAUCCUUUGCUGUCCCCCGCUGGGCUCUGGGAUAGCCCAUGAGGAGCCGCACAGAGACACCUCGCUAUUUAUUAAAUCACAGUGGUUUUUAUUAA